AUGCCUCAAAUUGUAUCAGUGAAAGCAGAAUAUUUAAUAUUAGUUAGUUUUUUUAUGACAUUUGCUGUUAUAACAAAUGCUUUUUAUACGAAAAAACAAUUCUAUCCAUCUGUUGUCUAUUUAACAAAAUCAAGUACAAGUCUUGCAGUUCUUUAUGUUCAAGCAUUUGUAUUUGUUGUUUUAUUGGGUAAACUUGUACAAAGAAUAUUUCUCGGGCAACUUCGAGCCAUUGAAACUGAACAUCUUUACGAUCGAACAUGGUUUUCAGUAACCGAAACAUGUUUAGCAUUUACGGUUUUUCGCGAUGAUUUCAGUCCACGUUUUGUUGGUUUAUUUGCAAUUUUACUUUUUCUUAAAUGUUUUCAUUGGCUAUUAGAAGAUCGUGUAGAUUAUAUGGAACAAAGUCCUGUACUUGGUCCAGUAUUUCAUACACGAGUUAUUAGUCUAUCAACUGUUUUAUUUCUUUUGGAUUAUUUCUUUAUCCUAUCGGCUUAUUCACAUACGAUAGCACGAGGGGCAUCUGUGCAAAUUGUAUUUGGUUUUGAAUAUGCUAUUCUACUUGUUUCUGUUAUUUCAACUGCUAUUAAAUAUAUUCUACAUACAAUUGAAAUGCGUACCGGUGAACAAUGGGAAAAUAAAGGUGUAUUUAUGCUAUAUUCGGAUCUUAUUCUUGGCUCAUUUCGUGUUUUACUCUAUAUGAUAUUUAUGGUUGUUAUGAUGAAAAUUCAUACAUUUCCAUUAUUUGCUAUUCGACCAAUGUUUAUUGCCAUGAAAGCAUUCCGUAAAUCGUGCAGUGAUGUGAUUGAAUCACGACGAGCUAUUCGUAAUUUAAAUACAAUGUAUCCUGAUUUAACAGCUGAAGAACUUGCUACUGUUGCUGAUACAACAUGUAUUAUAUGUCGAGAAGAAAUGCUUGCACAACAAAGUAUUAAACGUCUUAGUUGUCAACAUAUAUUUCAUAAAAAUUGUUUACGUUCAUGGUUUCAACGACAACAAACUUGUCCUAUUUGUCGAACAACUGUUUUACGACCUACAACUCCUCGAGGAGCAGCAGCAGGAGCAGCUGCAGCACCUAAUGCACCUGCAGCAGGAGGAGCAGCAGCAGCACAACAACAAAAUCAAGCACCGAAUGGUGGAGCUCAAGUACCUCCAAAUGGAGCCAAUACACCUCCUUCAUCAUCAUCAGCUCCACCACCUCCAUCUUCAGCUUCUUCAUCAACUAUUCCACCUUUUUUUAACUUUACACCGCUCAAUUCAACAACUGCUCAAGGAUCAACAGCAACAAUUUCACAAAUGCCAUUUGGUUCAUUUCCCAUGGUACUACCACCGUUCGCUUUUCCACCACCACCUCUACCUCCUACCAACUUCACUGGAAUGUCUGAAGAAGCCAUUCGAGCAAUGGAAGGAACAGAAUUAGCACAUGUUCAAGCACGUAUUCAAUGUUUACGCAAUGUACGAACUUUAUUAGAUGCAUCAACAAUACAAAUUCAACAAUAUAUGAAUAUUGUAUCAACACAAAGUAAUAUGGAAAAUAGUUCAAAUAUAUUAAAAAAUCUUAAUAAUGAUGUUAAUCAAGUAUUUGCAUCAACAGAAAAUUCAAGAGUCGAUGAAAGUGAUAUAGAACAUAUUCGUCGUCGUCGUGUAGAACUUUUAGCAAAUCGAACAUCUUCAUCACCAUCAACAGAUAUACAAGAUGAAAAUUCUAACAAUAAUCAUGCAUAA